AAUAGGUGAGCUUACUGGCUCAGGGCAACACGGCAGUCUUUUAUGUGACAGGACAAGCAAGGACAGGCUUUAUUUAGACAGACUUGAGUCCUCGAGUGCAGAAUGGAUUCAAUCUUUUCUGUAUUUGGAUCCUAUAUUAACUGGGAUGUCAAAAGUCUGCUGCUCUUCACUGUAGUUUUCAUCCUCACUGCGGAUUAUAUUAAGAACCGUCGGCGGGGAAACUUCCCCCCGGGGCCCCGGGCCUUUCCUAUCGUGGGCAAUUUAUUCACUCUGGAUUACACCAGGACCCAUGAGAGUAUGACACAGUUAGCAGAGAGAUACGGAGAUGUGUACAGCCUUCGAAUGGGCCAGCGGUGGUUCGUGGUGUUAAACCGGUUUGAGGUUCUGAAGGAAGCUCUGGUGGAUCAGGGAGACAGCCUGGCAGACCGACCAGACCUCCCGCUGCUGCAGGACAUAUCCCAUGGACUUGGAGUAAUUUUCAGUAAUGGAAAUCUAUGGAAGCAGCAGAGGCGUUUUGCACUUUCAACCCUCAAACAUUUUGGAUUUGGCAAGAAGUCACUUGAACCCAUUAUCUUGGAGGAAUUUUCAUAUUGUGCAAAAGAGUUCAAGAGCCAUAAAGGUAAGGCCUUCGAUCCACACCUCAUCCUCAACAACGCGGUCUCCAACAUCAUCUGCUCCCUGGUUUUUGGGCAUCGCUUUGAAUACGGUGAUGAGAAGUUCAGGGAACUGAUCUCGUGGUUCGCCAAAGGACUCGAACUCGAAGCCUCCAUUUGGGCACAGCUUUACAACGCCUUCCCUCUGCUGAUGAGACGCUUGCCGGGGCCUCAUCAGACAAUCCAUCACAUCUGGGACAAUGUAAAGGACUUUAUAACAGUAGAGGUUAAGAAGCACAAACAGAACUGGGAUCCCUCCGACAAUAGAGACUAUAUCGACUGCUACCUGAGUGAGAUGAGUAAGGGGCAUGCUGACAAAUCCUUUGAUGAGGAAAACCUGGUUGUGUGUGUCUGGGAUCUGUUCUUGGCUGGAUCUGAAACCACAUCCACCACCCUGCGCUGGGCUUUCCUCUACAUGGUAAAGCACCCCGAGAUCCAAGCAAAGGUCCAGAAGGAGAUAGACGAAGUGAUUGGAACCUCCAGACAGCCGUCCAUGGAAGAUCGCGCCAACCUGCCCUACACGGACGCAGUCAUACACGAGAUCCAGAGGAUGGCCAACAUCAUUCCUCUCAGCCUGCCUCAUGCUACCAACCGGGAAAUCCGACUAGGAGGCUACACGAUCCCCAAGGGAGUGACAGUAAUCCCCAAUCUGAAUUCGGUGCUGUUUGACAAGAAUGAGUGGGAGACGCCCAACACCUUUAACCCCGGCCACUUUCUGAACCAGGAGGGCAAGUUUGUGAAGCGAGCUGCGUUCAUCCCUUUCUCUGCUGGUAAGCGGGUGUGUCUCGGGGAGAACCUGGCCAGGAUGGAGCUCUUCCUCUUCUUCACCUCCUUAAUGCAGCACUUCACCUUCUCCAUGCCUGCUGGGGUGAAGCCUGUGAUGGACUUUCGCUUUGGCGUCACUCUGGCACCACUUCCAUAUGAAGUCUGCCUCACCUCCCGCUAAGAGAAGCUCUAAAACAAAAUAAAACAAUGAAAAGAGCAGCAGAGACUUUCUGUCCUCUGCACGUAUGAUUAUGUCACUAUGUCAAGGUAAGAUAAUAUGUUCAACUGAUAUUUGGCUAUGAAGUAGAUCUGUUGUUUUUAGGUUGGUUUAGUAGUUUUUAUUUGUUUAAUGUUUUUGUAAAUCACUUUUUAUUUACAAAUGUGACGUUAGACGUUUUUUUCUGUUGCUAU